GCUUUCUAUCUCUCUUGUCUCUUAAAAUCAUCAUUCACCUAUAUAGCUUUCUCAUAUAUCUCUUUCACAAAUCACUUCCAAAACAACCUCAAACUACUACUCUCUCUCUCUCUCUCUCUCUAAUGCAAAUGAGGAAACCUGACAUGAUCAUGGCAAAAGAACACAACAACAACAUUAUCAAGACCAAGCUAAGGAAAGGCUUAUGGUCACCUGAGGAAGAUGAGAAGUUGAUAAGGUACAUGAUAACCAAAGGACAAGGCUGUUGGAGUGACAUUGCUAUAAAUGCUGGCCUUCAAAGAUGUGGCAAAAGCUGUCGUCUUCGUUGGAUUAAUUACUUGAGACCCGAUCUUAAACGCGGCGCGUUUUCACCUCAAGAAGAAGAACUUAUCAUUCAUUUCCACUCCAUUCUUGGCAAUAGAUGGUCUCAGAUUGCGGCGCGUCUCCCUGGUCGAACGGACAAUGAAAUAAAGAAUUUUUGGAAUUCUACAUUGAAGAAGAGAUUGAAAAACAAUAGUACAUCUCCAAACAAUAGUGAUUUAUCGGAACAACCAAUAGAUAAUGUUUUUGAUGUGAAAAAUAAUAUGAUGAUGGCGAUGAAUGAGCAAGAACUCAUGACAUUAUGCAUGGAUUCAUCCUCAUCAACUUCAUCAUCAUCCAUGCAAUCCAUGCACAUGCAUGCCAUGGUUUUGGCUGAACAAUUUGAUCCGUUUUCGUUGUUGUCGAAUAAUCGUUAUGACAUGACGACGAGUUUUCAUGCUCAUGGUCAUGACAUGCCAGCGUGUUUAACUCAAGUUGGUGGCAUGGUUGAUGAUAUUGGGCUUCAUAGUGAUGAUUAUGGGAUUUUGGAGGAUAGUAAAAUGGGGUUAUUAGAAAAUGAUUUUGAGCUUCCUCCACUAGAAAGUAGAAUUAGCAUUGAAGACAAGAGUGUCCCAAUUGGUGAUGAUUAUAAUAUGAAAAGCCAUAUCAACCACUUCAAUAAUAGUUGCUUCAAUAACACUAAUCAUAUUCAAAACUCUAAUGUAGAGGAUUUGUUUGGAUUUGGAAAUCAUGGCCAAGGAGAAAACUUAAGAUUGGGAGAAUGGGAUUUGGAGGGCUUAAUGCAAGACAUAUCCUAUUUUCCUCCUCUUGAUUUUCAAGUUUAAUUUUGUGUAAUUCCCUAUUCUUCACUCCAUCUAUCUCACUCUUCAAAUCGGAUCGAUCUUCUAUAGUCACCUUUACAAUGAAGUCGAUAAUAGAUCAUUUUCUCUCUCUAAAUCUAAAGAUCUAUAAUCAACCACACCAUAAAAUUGUCUCUAGAGGAUUUACGUUCUUCGACGAACAUCUUGCUUCUUCGGUAAAAUCUUAAUUUUUGAAUUAAUCUAAUAGCCGAUAGUUAAAACUAUUGAUUAUUAGAUUAAUUUAACAAUUGAGAUUUGGCUAUAAAAAGUAGAUGCCCUGAAGAGGACCGAGUUCUCUAUAACAAUCGUCUUGGUAUUCCUUCUAUGAUCUCUCCUACACUAUCUCUUUCUUUUUAUUAUCUCCUCAAUUUUCUUUCUGUCUUUCCUACUUCAUCUUUCUCUCUUUCCAUAGUCUCUCUCUUUUUCUUUUUUUAUCCAAUUUGCAUAUACACAAAUUCCUUCAAUUAAUAUACAAGGUGACCAAAAACCUUAGGAAAUUUUUGGCACUUAUUCUUUCUUGUCUUUAGCUCUUCCAAAACACAUAAACAAAGACAAACCCUUUUUCUUGUUACAUAUAUAUCUUGUCAUGUCACACACAUUGUUUCUUUUCUUGUUUUACAAAAUUGUAAUCCAAUUGUAUGUUGUUGUAGGUACAUAUAUACAUAGUUUUGCAUUGAAAAUUGUGGUAUUUGUAUAGGUUUAGGUUUGAGAUUUUGUUGAAUUCUUUGUGCCCUUGUGAAGCACUUUGUGUCAUUGUUCGGAAAUAGGUUGGUACAAUACAAAAUAAUCAAAGGAUCUUAUGUCUUCAAGAGAAAUGUGAAUAGUGGUCAUUUAUAGAAAUUGUAUGUAGCAUUGUUUAUAGCACACUAGGAAUAAUGUGGAGU